AUGCCCACCAUACUUCCUAAUGCUGAACCAGCUGGCGACACCAUUUCCAUUGGUCACAUACUGUCCUAUCUUGAAGGAUUGGCAUUAGCAGCUCAUGUCCAUCCCCUAGUCAUCAUUAACCUCCCUACCAAUCCUGUCUUCCAACAUUGCCAACUCAUGACUGUUUUACCUCAACACCUGAAGAAAGCCUCCCUACAACCUAGUCCCUGUAACAACCCUUGGGAUCCAGAUACUACUGAAUUCCUCAGCACUCAGGAUGAGGUGGCCACAGAAGUCCUAUGGGUGCAAUUGAAGGCUAUUGAGGAUAAAGCCUUACUUGAGGAGUCUGUUGCUUAA